CUGUGUUACCGCCCUUACCCUGAGUGAGGAGUCAAGCACAGAAGACAUCGCAUUGGGAAGACUGGUGCUAUUUGGACAUUCCCUAGCUAGGUCCCAUCAGCCUCAGGUAGUGUCUUCCUGGUUUGGAGCAGUAAUCCCGAGAAGAGCAGUGUGGCUGCGGUCUGGUGUUCGGUGUUGCUUAGCAAGCUAUAGCUGGUACCAUGGCGUUGUCCUACAAGAAGGAUCUGGAUAAAUACAAGGAUCUCGAUGAAGAUGAAAUCCUCAACAAACUGUCGGCAGAGGAGCUCAAACAGCUGGAGACGGCCCUCGAGGAGAUGGACCCUGAGAAUGCUCUUCUCCCAGCGGGUUUACGUCAAAAAGACCAGACGUCUAAGACAGCUAGUGGACCGUUCGACAGAGAACGUCUGCUCAAAUACCUGGAGAAGGAAGCCAUGGAGUAUAAGGACAGAGACGAUAUAGUGCCUUUCACUGGAGAGAAAAAAGGUAAAGUGUUUGUUCCUAAGCAAAAGCCAAUAGAAACACGUAAGGAGGAGGUCACGACCCUUGAUCCAGAAUUGGAGGAAGCGCUCUCCAGUGCCACGGAUACGGAGCUGUGUGAUCUCGCAGCGAUCCUGGGUGUUCACACACUGGUUACCAGUAGUCAGACAUAUGAUGGAACAGGAAGUAAAGAGGGUUACAACAAUGUGGUAAAAGGGGAGAAGAUGAACCCAGUGUUCGAUGAGCCUCCCAAUCCCACUAACGUAGAAGACACUCUGCAGAGGGUGAAAAGCAAUGACAGCACCUUAACAGAGGUCAACCUUAACAACAUUAAGAACAUUCCGAUUCCCACGCUGAAGGACUUCGCCAAAUCCAUGGAGAAGAACACGCACGUCAAGAAGUUCAGCCUGGCAGCCACGCGGAGUAACGACCCAGUCGCUGUGGCGUUCAGCGACAUGCUGCGGGAAAACAAAACAUUGCGAAGUUUGAAUUUGGAGUCCAACUUCAUCACCGGGGCAGGAGUGCAGGCUUUGGUUGAUGCAUUGCGAGACAAUGACAUGCUCACAGAGAUCAAAAUAGACAACCAGAGACAACAGCUGGGUACUACCGUAGAAAUGGAGAUUGCUAAAAUGUUGGAAGAGAACAAGAGCAUAGUGAAAUUUGGCUACCACUUCACCCAGCAAGGGCCCCGAUCCAGAGCUGCCGCAGCUAUCACCAAGAACAACGACCUGGUUCGCAGGAGGCGAGUGGAAGGGGAUGUGUAGGGACGCCACGACACCAGUCUCCCAGCCAAUCCUGUUUUUCAUCUCAUUGUGUGGAAUAAUUUCAGCCAAUGCCCUGGUCUUUCUCAUCUCACUGUGUGGAAACUUUAGUCUUGUGCCAAACUGCGGGGCAAGGCAUGCUAAACCUGAACAUACAUCUGAGAAGAAGGGAAAUAACUGGAAUUGCCCUCUCCGUACACAUGUUCAUACUUAUAUGUUUAUUAUUAUGUUGUUAUUGAAGCUGUAAAUCUUAGUUUUUAGUCAUUCAUUUCAGCUGCUCCCCCUUUUUUUGAGCCUUUACAUUCUUUCCCCACUUUUUACUUGCUUUGUUUCCCGUUUUUACAAUUCUACAAUUAUGUGAGCUACCAACAAGUACCAACAACAUCAAUAACAGCUCUAUAAAGACAGUAACUAAUGGUGACCUUUGUGUCCUGAUAGCUUGCUAUUGAGGCUGAAGCGUCUUGUGGAAUUCCUGUAUUGAUUAAGCACUCAUCAGAGCGAUACAGAGAGCUCUGAAGUUUAG